GCGCAACAACAUAUUUGUUUGCCAGUGUUGUCUCGGGCGUGCCGUAUGGGAUUUCCUAUGACCGAAUCGAUAGUGUUCGCUUGAAUUUGAAGACAUGUAAGGGCACCUCCAAGACCGUCCUGCACUUGUAGUCGUCUUUGCCUGGGAAUCGCAUCUUGCCCCGCUGCAUGUGAUCAUCCGUGCGAACAAAGAAGACAGUUCUUUGCGAGAACUUUCAUUCGUGAUGUUUCUUUCGAGUCUAGUUGACUGCGUCAUACUAGUGGCUGCAGCGUGUUUCCUGCUAUAUAGAUAUGCCGCGAGAAACAAGAACUACUGGAAGGAUCAAGGCGUUGUUCACGAGAAGUUGUCCGUUGUCUUUGGUCCCAUCCUAAGACUGGUCAUGAAGCCAGUAUGUCUCGGCGAUCAAGAAAGGUGCCGGAAGAUGGGCCGGGUCUUUGGAAUCUACGAAGGAGGCAAGCCUACGCUAAUGGUGUCGGACCCAGAGCUUGUGAAGCAGGUUCUCGUUAAGGACUUCCAUCUGUUUCCGAAUAGAAGGCAACGACAGUUCGACGAUGCCAUGCUCAACAACAUGAUGGUCUUCGCACCCGUGGAGCGUUGGAGGAGAAUACGUCCUGCGGCAAGCCCGGCAUUUUCGACUGGCAAGCUAAGAAAGAUGAACUCUUUGAUUCAAGAAUGCGCAAAAGUGACGUGUCGGCACCUGAAGAACGCUGCGGAAAAGGCUGAGGACGUCGAUGUUAAGCAGUUCUAUGGCCACUACGCUUUGGAUGUGAUUGCCACAUGCGCAUUUGGGACGAAGCUAGAUUCGCACACAGACACCACCAAUGAUUUUGUGACCGAGGCUCGAAAGGCGUUCUCUGUGAAAAUCACUCCCAAGCUGGUCUUUGAGGUGCUGUUUCCGGGUGUGUUGAGAGCGCUAAAGAUCAAGAUACGGAACGACGAUCCUUUUGGCUACUUCAAGAAAGUAUGCCAAGGAAUUAUACGGAACAGGCAAGCGCACAGUCAGUCCCACGAAGACUUCCUCCAGCUGAUGAUGGAGGCGCAAAAAGGUUGCCUCCAACCUUCCACCGAGGGCUCGUCGGAGACGGAGAGCACGCUUUUCGACAUCGGCUCGGAAGAUAUGUCUACUGCAACGUUCGGUGCCAAAGGAAUGACGGAAGACGAAGCGCUGGCGCAGUGCGUGCUCUUCUUCCUGGCCGGUCAGGACACUACUUCGUCGACGGUGGCCUUCGCCGCUUACUUGCUGGCCGUACACCCUGACGCGCAGGACAAGCUACGGAAAGAAGUGGACGAAUGCUUUGCGAACCACGGACCGGAGCCCAGUCUUGACGUCGUCUCUAAGCUAGAGUACCUUCACUGCAUUGUGUCGGAAACGCUGCGGCUGUACCCACCCGGUACGAGGAUCGAACGAGCUGCGCAUGAAGACUACGUGCUGGGAGAAACCGGAAUCAAGAUACCCAAGGACUGCGUUAUCGCCAUUCCUAUUUACGCUAUGCAUCAUGACCCAGAAUUCUUCCCUGAACCGGAUGCUUUCAAACCAGAGAGGUUCAGCAAAGACAAUGUAGGCUCUAUACGGCCCUACACCUACCUUCCUUUUGGUGCUGGUCCAAGAAACUGCAUUGGGAUGCGGUUCGCGCUUCAGGCGGUCAAGCUCUGCUUGCUCCACUCGGUGCACAACGUGGAGUUCGUGCGCGCGGACAAAACGCAGGUCCCUCUGACGAUUAGAAAAGGACUCGCCGUUCUGAACGUGGAAGAUAUCACUGUUGGAAUACGAAAGCAGGGGCGUGAUGACAUUUAGUGACGUACAUGUGUAUCGUCUAUAUGAGACAUUAAUGAGUUAAUAUGUUUCGUAUUUCACAAAGGCGAAAAUAAAAAAUCACUGCCCCUUCCAGUUCAUGAAGAGAGUCGAACAGCGAAUCUUUUGUUAUUUACACCGAGUGUUACACCAUGCAAGUCAAACUUCGCAAGCUGUCCGUCUGUCCGUCCGUCGGUUUCUUCAUUCCGACUCCGCCGACGUGUUUUUGCGUGUCGGACGCGCAACUCGGGGUCGGCCCUACGACGACGAGCCCGUUCACGAGCCAAGUCUCGCUGACGUUCGAAGAUAAACAGCUUCUUCCUCAGGAGUACGCACUAAUUCUUCCUCAGUAGUAAGCAAGCAAGCAAGCAAGCAAGCAAGCAAGCAAGCAAGCAAGCAAGCAAAGCUAAGCAAAGCAAAGCAAAGCAAGGCAAGGUAAAGCAAGCAAGCAAGCAAGCAAGCAAGCAAGCAAGCAAGCAAGCAAGCAAGCAAGCAAGCAAGGCUAAGCAAAGCAAAGCAAAGCAAAGCAAAGGAAGGCAAAGGCCUCUCCAAUACUUUUCCAACUACCCCGGUCGCACCCUAUAGUGUAUAGGAGGGUAUAGUGUGUAUAAAUAAAAAAAAUAUUGAGAUGAA